AUGCUUAAGGAAAUAUUAGGUAACAUCCCAUUGGUAGAAGCACUAGAGCAAAUGCCAGAUUAUGCCAAAUUCAUGAAAGAUUUGGUUACAAAGAAGAUGACGGUUUCUUUUGAGCUAACCGACUACUUACAUCACUGUAGUGCCAUUGCUAAAAGGUUAUUGGUGGAAAAGAAGGAAGAUUCGGGCGCAUUCACCAUACCUUGUACUAUUGGUUCUUUCGAUUUCACAAGGGCUCUAUGUGACUUGGGCGCUAGCAUAAAUUUAAUAUCACUAGCCAUCUACAAACAGUUAGGCUUGAGAGCCCCUAAAUCGACUUCUAUGCGGCUGCUGAUGGCGGAUAGGUUUAUUUUUCCUGCUAAUUUAUUCAUAUUAGAUUGCCAGGUUGAUUUUGAGGUUCCUAUAAUCUUGGGGAGACCAUGUUUGGCGACUAGCAGAGCAUUGGUAGAUGUGGAGCAUGGAGAACUCAUAUUCAGACUCAAUAAUAAAGAGGUCAAGUUUAAUGUAUGUUCCUUCAUGAAGCAGCCAAAGGAUAUGACUGUGAUAUCUGUGCUCGAUAUUGAGGGUGUAGGUUCACACUCAUAUGCUCCUAAGAAGCUUGACGUUGACUUAAAGAACAGGCCGACUCUACCUAAUAAACCAUCCAUAGAUGAGCCACUUGUAAUUGAGCUCAAAUAA